AUGGUGGCUGCAACUCCCAGUCAGCCAGAAGAAAGGACAAAUGAACCGACUAACGAAGAAGCCAAAUCAGCUUCGUCCCGCCGCGCCCGACAGCAGCGUGGCGGUCAGAGGUCCAAAGGGCCUGUACCCCGGACAAAGAUCGUAGUGCGGAGGUUACCGCCCAACCUACCUGAGAAUAUCUUCGAAACUUCGGCAGAGGUGUGGUUGCAGCAAACGGACUGGUGGCGAUAUGUUCCUGGGAAACUUGCCAAGAGUCAAGCGAAGGUCAGCGUGUUUUCGCGGGCGUACCUGAACUUCCAGGAACCUGAGGUGAUGUUGGAGUUCUGUAACAAGUACAAUGGACAUCAGUUCUUGGAUGGCAGAGGCAACGAGUAUCGUGCCGUUGUGGAAUUCGCGCCUUUCCAGCGAAUCCCGAAGAAGAGGAGCAAACCUGACCCGCGAUUGAACACCAUUGAGCAGGAUGCAGAUUACCAAAAGUUUCUCGGGAGCCUGGAGGAGGACCUGGAAAGCACCACCGUCAAUGGGACCAGCGGCCUGACCGGCGAGACACAGCUGGAGAAGUUGGAAAAGAGCCUCCUUGCAGAUCAACAAGCGAGCAGCAAGAUCACCAUUGUGACAUCCUCAGUCAGCAACCUUCCCAGAGGGUUGGCACCGGCCGAAAAGCAGUCCACGCCUCUCCUGGACGCGCUCCGGGCAAAGAAAGCCAAAGUCAAAGCGCUUCAGGACGCCAACAAGGCAGCAACUGCGGCCGCGAAGCAAGCGCAGAUCGAUGCAAAGGCCACUGAGACGGCAAAAAUGGAAAAGGCGAAGGCUGCGACAAAAGCGAAACCCACUGCAGGGGUCAAACCGUCGAAGACAGUGGUUGGUCCGCCGUCGAUCGUCAAACGUCCAGACUCAAGGUCAAAGGACAAAGCAGGCCCGGCUGUAGCUAAAGAGCCAGAGACAGCGCAGACGUCUCCCAAGAAGCAGCCGGCAGACAAUCCUACCGAGAGGAAGCAACGCAUGGCGCCGUCUGGAUCCCUGUUCAACAAGUCCCUUGGCGCGGUUUUGGGAACUGGAACUGUGGCGAAGCGUCGAGAAGGGGCGAGGAAAAAAUUGGCGAAUGACUUGGCAUCGCAGGUGGCGCCAGAUACUGGCGCUCCGAAGGAUUUUAUGGGUGGCGAGAAGGCAGAAAUUGAGCAGCCUCUGGUGAAGAAGGAAAAAGAAGGCGGUCGAGGCUAUCGCAGCAAACGGCAAGCCUUCGCGAACCCAGCGCCGGAGGAUGCGAACGGAGAACGCAGUGAGGGCCAGCCGUUUGGUACAGCGAAUGACGGCAAACAAAAGGGCGCUUCGCAAGAUUCCGUCGAACCUGAGGCUAGCAGCACCCCAAAGUCCCGCCGCAAAAAGGACCGGGGCACUGGCGAUAAAAGCAAAGAAACUUCAUCGAGCUCACUGACAACCGACAGCCCGGAGCGGAAACCUGCUCAAAAACCGAGAAAAGAACGUCCUACUGCAACGAAAGAGAAGGAGGAUGCUGGGGACGGGUCUCCCAAGAAGGGACCGAACGUGACCAUCAUGAAACGGGAUGGGACUAGUACGCAGUUCAAUACACGCGAGAGUGGCGCUUCGUGA